AUGGAUGGUGACAGCGAGCCUCCUCCGCCAAUUUCUCCAAUUUCUUCCUCAGCUCAACCUCAGGGAUCCAUUUUGGGCGGUGUGGUCAGGGGAAAUUUGGGCGGUGUAGCGGUCCUGGGCGCCACCGGCGGGGGAAAUUUGGGCGCCACGGCCAGGGGUGCCGUGGACGCGCAUGAAGACGGUGCUGCGGUCCUUGGCGCCGGCGGCCUGGGAAAUUUGUGCGGCGUGGCCAGGGGUAAUUUGGGCGGCGCAGCGUUCCUGGGCGCCGCCGGCUGGGGAAAUUUGGGCGCCGCGGCUAGGGGUGGUGUGGAUGCGCAUGAAGACGGUGUUGCGGUCCUGGACGCCGGCGGUCGCAGGCCCUUGGGCGCGGCCAUGGGCCAGGAAGAAUGUGCGGUCCAGGGGCAGGAAGUUCAGCGUCGGAAGUUGGGCAUGACCAGGGGCGGCGGCCAAGGCCGUGGCCGUGUUGGCCAGGGUGACGGCCGUGGUGCCGGGCUUGGCAGCGAGCCCAACGGCCAGGAUGUAGCCGCCUCUGCUGCACAACAAACAGGCGUGAAGAAGGCAGCAAAAAGAAAAGAAAUGCUCCUGACAGGGUAA